AUGGAUUUCUCUCGACUUUCACAAGAGGUCUGUGCUCUGCUCGACUAUGACAGAGCCCAUAUUUGGCAUCCAUAUACCUCCAUCAGUGAUCCACAGCAGGCACUUCUCGUGAAAAAAGCAGAGGGUUGCUGCGUAACUGUCGAGUCUGAUGAUCCCGAAGGAUACACCAUCAUAGAAGCAAUGUCAUCUUGGUGGUGUAUGAUCCAUGGCUACAACAAUGCUGAGCUCAACGAAGCUGCCAGCAAGCAGCUGAGUAGCUUCUCGCACAUAAUGUUUGGUGGCUUCACCCACAGACCCGCAAUAGAGCUCACAAAGCGCCUAUUACAAAUGGCUGACUCACCUAACCUGGAGUUUUGUUUUUUCGCAGAUUCGGGCUCGGUCGCUAUAGAAGCGGCUUUAAAAAUGGCCAUUCAGUCUCAGGCGGCAAGCAAGAAAACUAAAUUCUUGACGAUAUCGAAUGGUUACCACGGAGACACAUUGGGAGCAGCAAGUGUGUGCGAUCCCUUGAACUCGAAACACUGCCUAUAUCCUGGCUUCAUCCCAGAAAACAUCUUCGCAAAGGCCCCUGGAGUCAUUGAUUAUUUGCCCAGCAAAACAAGAAACGUGAGAUGGGACGCUCACGAGAUCGACGACUUCCGCGACAAGAUUGGGAGCAACCGCAAAGCCUUGGCCGCUGUUAUUCUGGAGCCGUUGUUGCAAGGCGCCGGCGGGCUGCGACUUUACCACCCGCAGUUCUUGAUUGAAGUCAGGAAGCUGUGUAGUGAAUAUGACAUUCCUCUGAUCAUGGACGAAAUAGCCACUGGGUUUGGCCGGACCGGCGAAAUGUUUGCCUUCCAUCAUUGCAAGAAGUACCAGGAUUUAUGUGGCGUGCCACCCGAGAGGCAAGUCAAUGUCUUUCCCGAUAUAUUGUGCAUAGGAAAGGGACUGACAGGAGGUUACAUGACUUUGAGCGCCGUUCUUACUUCUCAAAGAAUAUCUGGGGGAAUCUCGGGUCCGAAGAACAUUACAGGUGGAUGUUUCAUGCAGGGACCAACAUUCAUGGCAAACCCACUUGCGUGUAGCGUUGCGAACAAAUCGAUGGAGAUAUUGCAAAGAGGAGACUGGAAAGUGCAGGUUGACCGCAUCGAGAAUCAACUCUUUGCAGAACUCUACGCUCCUAUCAGAUGUGACGAGCAGCUCAUGAAAUUUGUAGUGAGAGGUGUCCGAAUCGCAGGAGCGGUGGGCGUAGUGGAGCUAAGGGAAAUGGUGGACAAAAAGUGGUUUCAAGAGCAGUUUUUGAGAAGGGGCGUCCACGUGAGACCCUUCAACCGACUCUGUUACAUUAUGCCCCCGUACAUCAUAACGAGAGAGGAGCUUAAAAGAGUGACCGGUGCCAUUAUUGCCACUCUAAAACUGUGGUUCAAAGUGAAGCACGGAUGUGCAAGAAUGUCAGACGAAGUAAGCGAUGGAGGGUAA